AUGCAGUCCACGUUGAUCCGGAGGUCAAAUUAUGGCAUGACUGCCGACGGUGUCAAGGGUAUUCACCCAUGGCGCCAGCGAGUUGGCUACAAGGCCUUUCAGAGCAAGUUCGGACCUCAAUACAAGAUUCAACCUCACGUCUACGGCAUCACCGCGCGGAAAGUCCUUUACUUCGGUACUCUUGCUGCCACCUUCGGCGCAUCUGCCGGCGCUUUCGCCAUCUUCUUCUUCGGCGAGGUCCCGCGAGUAAAGAGAGACAUUCUUUCCAAGGUCCCAGUCAUCGGCGGAUACUUCGUCAAGGAGAUUGCGCCCGAGGACAACCCCUUCUAA